GCGUGCGGAUCGUUGUGCAGAACGUGUCGCUGCUGAACGGUGCCGUGCUGUGCGUGAUGGGCGGCGGGGCGUUGCGCGGUGCGCGUGCGGCGGGGAGCGACGAGAGCGGGCCGGUGGAGCUGUCGGUGUGCGAUGUGGAGGCGCUGAACGGUGCGCUUGUGCUGACCGGCACGUUCCCUGCGGGGUCCGUGCUGACGGUGACGGACUCCCUGCUGGUCGCCGCGAGGCCGACGCCGCUUGUGUAUCUUUCCGGCUCGGAGUCCUCGCCGUACGCACCGGUGCUUGUGCUGUCGGGCCUGCGGCUUGUGCGUUCCGUGCUGAUUGUGUCCGGCGUGGCCCUCGUGACCGUGAUGACUGGUGGGCGGACGGUGGUGGUGGACGGCGCCGUGCUGGAGCUUGUCGGUGGCGGUGUUGCGCUGGACGCGGCUGUGUUCGGUGGCGAAUAUGCGUUGUACGCUAGUGCGCGCGUGGUUGCGUCGGGGGGCGCUGUGCUGCGCUUGUCGGGGAGCCAGGUGUACGCCGCGCACGGGUUGGUGUUUGGCAGCGGUGUGGAGGCCAGCGCGUCCGCCGUCGUAGUGAACGACAACGCCGGUGCGCUGACCGAUGGCGCGCUGCUGGUGCUGCGGGGGUCGGCGUCGUUCGUGUCCGGGUCGUGGCUGUCGGUGCGCGGCAACAACAUCAGCGGCAGGCUCCUGUCGGUGCCGCCGUACCCGCGCGGUGCGGAUCUCGCGCAGAGCACACUGACGCUCCACGGGAACGCCGGCAGCGGGCUCGUCGUGAUGGACGGCACCGUUGCGCUCGGGGGCACCGGCCGGAAGUUCGUUGUGGGGUGCCUGACGCUCAAUGGGCAGGCACUGCGGCCUAUGGACUACAGGUCCGCCGGCAUCAUCGGGGAAUUCCGCCCCGUGGCGUGUGGCGUGUGCGACGCCGACGUGCGCUGCUUUGCUGCUGCGACGAGGGCGAUGUCGGGGUCGUGCGGCUGCCGCUGUGCUGAGGGCGGGUACGGGCGCGACUGCCUGCCGGUGUACCUGCCGCACGUGGACGGGUGCAACCGCACGCCCGGCAUGCCGCUGCUGAGUCGCACGGCGACGCUGACGGAGACGCGCAGCCCGACGAUGACGCCAGCGUGGACGCCGCACUACAGUCCGACGCAGUACGGGCCGACGGAGACGCUGCAGGUGACGGAGACGGUGGCGCUGCCGCCCACGCGGACCCCGACGGCGUCGGUGAGCAGCACGCUGUGGUGGAGCGACGUGGCGUGCCCGACGCUCGCCGUGACGACGACGGCGGAUGGUGGGAGCCUGACGCAGAACGACAUCCGCGGCGGUGGGAGCGUUGUCCCGACGCUGCUGAUGGUGGCGCUGCCGCCGCCGUUUCGUUGGGCACGCGACCCGCAGCUCGGCACGCAUCUGAGCUUCGUGCCGGUGUCGACGGCGCAGCCGAGCGGGUUCGGUGGUCCGUGGGGAGCGAUGCUGAGCAA